AUGGAGAGGAAGGACAGUGAAAGCUCAGACAAUGGAUUUCUGAAGAGAAAAUCGUCUCUCCCGAUCUACAGCCCUCUUGGUACCAGUCCACAUCUACAGUCUUCUUGGCAAUCUUCUUCUCUCUUCCACCCAAAUCUGUUUUUUUUAUCUUCAUCCUUCCUUCACACUAGACCUUUAGCCUGGACCAUUGCAGAUACCGAAGAUUUCAAGCUGUUUAUUUUCUUAUUUCUGGACGACUUCGAUUACCCCUGCAACUACGAAAUCUCUUCUAAUCUUCAAUUUUUCAUAAUUGUUAUAACUUUUUACAUAAAUUAA